AGCCUCAGGGGCCAUGGAGAACCUCUCCCUCCCAGACCCCAAUUCCUCGUGCAUGGCUGGACCCGAGGGCUGCGCAGCAAGAGGGGACGGGGGGCUGAAUACGUCCACUCUCCGCCAGAUCACCAGCUUCUACGUAACAGUGCCUGUCGUCUAUUCUGUCAUCUGUGCCGUGGGGCUGACUGGCAACACUGCCGUCAUCUAUGUAAUCCUCAAAGCCCCAAAGAUGAAGACGGUUACCAACAUCUUCAUCCUCAACCUGGCCAUUGCUGAUGAGCUCUUCACCUUGGUGCUACCCAUCAACAUUGCUGACUACUUGCUCCUACAGUGGCCCUUUGGCGAGGUCAUGUGCAAGCUCAUCGUCUCCAUAGACCAGUACAACACCUUCUCCAGCAUCUACUUCCUCACUGUCAUGAGCAUCGACCGCUAUCUGGUCGUGGUAGCCACUACCAAGUCCAAGAAGAUGUCCUACCGCACCUACCGAGCAGCCAAGAUAGUCAGCCUCUGCGUCUGGUCCUUCGUCACUGUCAUCAUCCUGCCCUUCGCCAUCUUUGCUAAGAUACACAAGGAGCAGGGGCGCUCCCAGUGUGUCUUUGUGUUCCCCCACCCUGAGAGCGUGUGGUGGAAAGGCAGUCGGAUCUACACCCUCGUUUUAGGCUUUGCCAUCCCAGUGUCCACCAUCUGCAUCCUUUACACCACCAUACUGUACAGGUUGAGACACAUGCACCUCCAUAGCAAUGCAAAAGCCCUGGACAAAGCCAAACAGAAAGUGACCCUGAUGGUGGUUGUCAUCCUGGCUGUGUGUCUGUUCUGCUGGACCCCUUAUCACCUUAGCACAGUGGUGGCCCUCACUACAGACAUUCCGCAAACUCCACUGGUCAUUGGGAUUUCGUACUUCAUCACUAGCCUGAGUUAUGCCAACAGCUGCUUCAACCCUUUCCUAUAUGCCUUUCUGGACGACAGUUUCCGGAAGAGCUUUUGCAAACUGAUGGAUUGCAGAACCACCUCGUAGAACCCAUCCUUCAUCCCCUCCUGUGUGACUGCUCUCACUGUCAUCUCUUCCCGGGUGACCGCAGCCCUGGGAGUGCUUUUACUCUAGUCUCCUUGUGGCAGCCACAGAACUGUUGUACCACCGCAGACACAAACUGGGAACAGAUGGGGCCUUCUCAAUUUUCCUGCGCCCAUUUCCUCAGCAAUCCUCUCCAUCCCUUUCCCUGAUUUUUUUUUUCCUUCCUUCACUCUGAUGUGCUUUCUGUCUUAGGAUUGUAGCUUGCAGAGCUGCAGCAGGUCCCUUCCAAAUUUUAAAAGGUACCAUUUAUGGAACUCAAGCCCUCUGACUAUCUAUGUUACUGGAGAUUU